GGAAACACCGCUGCACAAAAUGCUUUUCCUCCCAGCUGCUGCUCUGUGCUGUCUGUGUUCAGCGCUGGUUGCCAUGGCAGCAGAGCUGAUCCAGGAUGAUUUAACAUUGACCAGGAGAGUUGGUGGGAAAGUCUCCUUCAGCUGUCGAGACACUGACCAGUGUGGCAGUUAUGUAUUCUGGUACCAGAAGAGAGACUCAGAAACAUUCACACUGAUUCUUGAUAUUGAUAAGAGUAAUGGUAACAUAGAUAAAAGUUACAAUCAUCCUCAGAAAGAUGAUUUCUCAGCUGUGAAUAAACAGAACGGCUGUGAGUUGGAGAUCAAGAACGUUAAACUCACUCAUUCAGCCUCUUACUACUGCUCCUGUUUUUGUAUCACUCUUUUUCACUGUGGGAGUAUCAUCUUUGGCUCUGGAACUAAACUGUAUGUAACAGAUGAGCAGGUAGUGAAGCCCGUGGUGAGCGUGUACCCAGCAGCAUCCAGAGCCCACCUGGAGGGGAAGAGCUCCCUGCUGUGUCUGGCCUCAGCCAUGUUUCCUCCUCUGGUCCAGUUCUCCUGGAAAAGAGGAAAGGAGAACGGUCCUCUGGAGGAGCUGCCCCCUGCUGAGAGAGAGCAGCUGGAGCUCAGAGAGUCGGGACGCACCGCCGCCAUCUUGCUGAUCCAUCAGCAGGAGAACAGCAGGUAUAAAUACCACUGCUACGUCCAUCACGAGGGGGGCACAGUGGAGGCAACACUUCCACCAUCAGCUACACCAUCAGCUACACCGUCAACUCCAUCACCACCUCCACCAACAGCUACACCAUCAGCUACACCCUCAACUCCAUCACCACCUCCUCCAUCAGCUCCUCCAUCACCUCCUCCAGCAGCUUCUGUCCCGUCUCAGUACCAAGUGAAGCUGCUCUGCCUGCUGUACACGGUGCUGAUAGUGAAGAGUCUGGUGUACUGCUGUGGACUCUCUCUGCUGAUGAUCCUCACAAACAAGGGACCGUCCACCAACUGCACACAUGCUGACUGACUGAUUUCUGCUUUUUCUCACCAUAGAAUCCCAGCAAUUCUUCUCUUUUAUCACUUUCAUCAGUAUGCACAAUAUCUGUUAUGACGUGAUGAUUAUAUAAUUUGGU